AUGUCAAGACAUUUGAGGAAUAUCAAUUUAUUAGGCAAAAUAAAUAAUAUCGACGAGGAUUGUUCGGAAAAUAACCAAGAAGUUUCCGAUAUUGAUAAUAAUACAGAGGAAAAUAAUUAUGAUUUAUUUGACAGCGAUACGGACGAAGAGAAUAUUUUGAAUAUAAGAAGAGGACAAAAGAGAAAGAGAUUUAUAGUUAGUUCCGAAAGUGAGAAUGAAGAAGAGAUUGGAAUUGCUACGGACGGAACUGUUCGGCAAAAAAUAAAAAAAGGGUUUAAUCGUGGAAGAACACCGAUUUAUAAUAUUUUCAAAGAAAUAUCAGGAUCGGCAAGAUACGCUAAACGAAAUAUUAUAAAGGGUAGAGUUGAGUCGACAUUUUCCUUAAUUAUUGAUCAUAACAUGAUUAAACAUGUAAGAAAAUAUAUGGAAUUAGAGGCAAUUCGAGUGUUAAAAACGAAAUGGAAUUUAUCUAUUGCAAAAUUAUAUGCAUUUAUUGGACUUCUAUUUGCGCGUGGCGCAUAUGAGAUAAAAAUAUGGAUUAAUCACAUUUAUAGAACAAGAAAUGGGGUCCGUCAUUUUUCUUGA